AAUCAUACUUAGUUAACCUACAAAAUUAUAGGGAGUAAAAGGUAAUAGAGUGGUUGAAUCAAUAACAUUAAGUCCUGUCAAAAUAAUUCAAUUACUGUACGACGAGAUAUGACUUGAGGCACUAGCAGAAUGGAUUCUGAUGAUGGGUCUCUACCGUCGCCUCCAGGUCCACCCAAGGAGCCACCUCCAAGUCUUCCACCACCCUUGCCUGCUAGACCAAGAAAACAAAGCCCACAACCCCCAAUCCCAGUACAAGAGCCUGCUCUAUUUGAAUUAGACCAAGAGGUUGAUAAUGAUGAUGAAAUCUCCCAGCAAAUGACUGCCUCUUAUAGUGAAAUCUCCUUCAAAUCAGGCCUAAGCCCAGAAAUAGAAUUCCCAUUAUCAUUGAGUCUAGAAAGCAAUCCAUUGCAGGACCCAAUCAGGCGUCCUGUAACUUUACCAUGUGAUAGAAUGCAAAAACCUUUGGGUCCUUUGAAUCUUGAAGGAUCUGUGCAUUUCGAAGGUAAUAUGACACAUUUUGUAGCUGAAGACUUAGAAUACAAAAUCAAAUUAUCUAGUCCACAAACAAAAAAAGGUGAUACACCUCCAUUGCCUGGUAACUCAAGGAGUGGAACUCCAAGUACUUUGUACAGGCAAUUGCUAGUGCCUCAAGUGGGCCAAGUCGAUGUAAACCUAUUAAAUGAUUUGGAAUGUGAAGCACAGAGGAUGGCUACCUCAAUAGAUAAUCUUACAGAAAACCUCUGUGGCAUCUUGCAUUCAAUUUCUUCAAUAACUGCUGAUAACGUCGAUGUGUACAAAAACGCCGUUGCUAAAAUGUCUGACGCAAUGGAUGGCAAUAUUAAAAGUAUGUAUACGAUGAUGGCGAAAACCGAAGAAGUAACUCAAGCAAUGAAGUCUGUGCAAAUCCAUGCAACCAGAUUAAAGGAAAUCAAGAGACUAGUCGACCUCUUUGAGAGCUACAUAUAGUAGUUACACCAUACAAUAACCACUGAUCUCUCUGCAUAAUCUUAUUAAUGUUUCUUGCACCAUUAUAGAAAGAAAUAUAAAUUCUUA